AUGUAUCGAAAACUGGUACUUGCUGCAGUGCACCUGAUGGCUUUGGGCACCCUUUCCUGUAUACCGACCACAGGUUUGCUGUUAUUUGAAAUACAUUAAAUGCUACUUUCAGGCAUCAUCAGUACUGAUUCUGACAUAUGCAUAGUUCCGACAAAAAUCUCGUCGCCGCUUAAUGCUGAAGAUCUCUUAUCCAAAGUGAUAAAUAACGAUCAUCCAUUUCCUGCCGGACGGGCAUUGAACUGUACGGCCAAAAUAACUAAAUUGAAUUUCGGCAAAGGAAGCACCUGCAGGACAGAGAUCAGUCAAAUAUCCUUCAGUGCACUAACAUGUUAUUUGGAUGUAAAGUUAAUUUCGGGUUCCUUUAAAUGCGAGGUAAAUUUAAACGCAUCUUUGCCUCUCCCAAGAGAACCUUAUUUAUGCAUUACGCAACUGAGUUUCAAGCUGAAUCUUCAUGCACAUUGAUAUCAGAGUUUUGAGUUACCGUCAGAAGACUAAGCCUAUUACUUAUCCUUAAGUAACAUCCUUAGAUGCAAUUUUGCCAGAAAAUUGCGUUGUUACGUUUGACGGCGCCACAUUUUAAGGCCGUCAUAACGUCCUGUCGCUUGUUAGUGUACUCUAAUGUUUGAUUGCAAUAUUCUGACUGCCUUACCAAAUAGUUAAUCCUUGAAUGUUUCCAUCGACCAUAUUUGAUUAACGAGCAUAAUGAUAUGUUAGCUGAAGUCGAGCAGAUAUUACCUGACAUUCAAAAGCUGUAAACACGGAGCUUUUGGAAUAGAUGCUGUGCAGUGCUCAUUUGCUCUACUACAAUGAACGGAUGCAUUUCAAACUGUAAAUACUCUAGACGUUUCUUUCAGCGGCGGUGGUUAAUUGGGCCUCAUUUAACUCGACAUCUGACAGCUGUCUCUAGUCCCUUGAAAAAGCUUCAUGGGUACCCAUUUCUCUUGACAUACUUAUGAUUUGUUAUAAACUAAAUGGAUGCCACCUAGAACUGAAGGACCGAUAUAAGUAUCAUUAUUUAGCUUCAUGGUAAAGUAUGCAGUUGUUCUCCUAUCUGAAAGAGGGAUUUUCAGUUUGUCAACUAAAAUGUGUCAUUGAUUAUUUUACGGUAUACUAGGAUAACGGAAAACUCGUCACGGGUGGUGACCCCACUGAACGAAAUCUAACCGCCAUUGUGAAACUGGAACGUGACAAAACCAAUCUGCUCACUCUCAAGAACGCGACACUGGGUUGGUUGAUUCAAGGACACAACGGUACACAAGGCUCCAAAGAAAAUUCGGAAGGCCUGUUUGAGAAAAAUAGGCCCUUUUCCUAUAUAUUUUCCAAAUUGGUCCUGUUUCAGUGCCAGCUUCUUACAGUCAGAGGUAGUCAAUCCUGUUACUUUUGCAAUGCUUGCACCUUCCGUGUAUACAUCCUUGAGAGUGACGUAUGGCAUUUCUAGGGAAGGGUCUUUAGAGGUGCAUAUAACUUUGAUUUUUUGAUGCGCUUACAUGUACUAGAUCCAUACUUGUGGCUAUUGUUAUUACCUAGCUGUUUUGACUAAUUAUACAUUCAUUAGAAUUGAAUAAAAGGCUACAUAGCAGGUGCACAAUCAUGUUUGUGUUUUCGCAGGAUACACCACUCCAGGUUGCUUCCCCGGAUUUAACUGGUCUUUAAUUUUCAUGAAUCUGCUGCUUAUGGUGGCCUUGGGACGGUGUGCCAUUCCAACAUCCAGUCCUGUAGCAAUGUGCUCUGUUGCUUCUGAAACGUCCUUGAUGUAUGGCAAAGAAUGCCAUAUCGUUGGUGGUGCCAUUGGUUGCGUCCUCUGAGGGCGACCGCGUAGACAAGGACUUAUUGAUGCCUUCCGAUAGCAAUUUUUGCAUGCUGGUCUCAGAGAUAACGGGACUUUCGUGCUCGGUCCUCCGGCUUGUUGCAAUGCGCUUGGAUCCGUUUGAUGAACGUCUUUACACAGCUUCGUUUGCGAGUCAUCGGAUGGUUUCCGUGAAAAUCUAGAAGUUGUGUGGUGUUCGUAGUCUUCCUAUAAACCGUCGUUUAAAGUUUACCGUCAAGGUUUCGUCUGAUAAGCACGUCCAGGAAGGGCAACUGCUGUUCCUGUUCGUCUUCCUUCGUGAAUUCUAUAUCAAGGAAAACUGUGUUGAGCAGGUUGUGGGAAUGUUGUAGGAUGUCCUUCUUUGCGAUAAGAAACGUAUCGUCUACGUAACGGUGCCAAAAUACCGGCUCUUGUUGGAUGAAGGCAGUCUUUUCUAACUCCUGUGGAAUCAGUCCUGCCACUAAACCGCAGACCGCUUGUUCUAAUAUUGCUGUCAUCUCUAAAGAUGGACGCCUACACGGGUUCGAAAGUUUAGACCAAUAAACAGAAAUUUUCGGCGCUCGACCACCCUUCUACUUCACUUAUACAUACACCUGGAACUCGAACUGUCGCCUUCAUUCAGGAAUGCCUACGUUAAACUUAUUUAGUACACAAGGUGAAAAGGCUGUGAAACUCACGACAAAAAUUUAAUCUCAAUGCAUUUAUUUAGGUUUAAAAAUGCUUGAAAAUGAAUGUAUAUUAUAAAAAGCAAACAUCAGUCCGGCUCUCGUUGUACGAAACAAUUAUGCUGCCUGCCCGAAUGCCAAUUUCGCACUGUUGUCUAAGUGACUUCAACUAUUCUGAAAUAUUUGAUCUUAAAUUUGUUUUAUUUCUAGAGGCCAAAAUUGCGGAAGCACAAAAAGGCCUGUAUGCACGAAGACAAACAAAAUAA